CACCAUAUCUUGGACAUAGCGUUCAUCCCAGAUCUGAUAUCCCUUCCUUCGCCCUUGCCGCGCCUUACAUGCACCGAUAGCAAACGAAGACGAUGUCUAACAGGAUAUCUCAACUCUUCACGCGCGGCUCCCGGGCGCCGACAUCUUCGCCGUCUUCCCCCACCGCGAACCACGAUCAACCGGCCGCGUCCACCUCUACGCGCCCCGUCACCCACACCCGGGGCAACAGCACCAGAGGGAAUGGCCACUCAACGACUACUCAGUCCCGCAGGCGCUCCACCUUUCAGCAAGCGCUCCAGCAGGUCACGCAUAUCUUCUCCCACUGGUCGACGCCGGCAGUCGAGGAGGCCUACUGGUGCUCGUCCGACAUGAUGUUGGGGGCGGGAAUGGUGAUCAUACAACCCGAGACACGCAAGAUUGUGUGCGUGUACGAGCGCGCGCGGAAAUACUGGUUCUUGCCAAAGGGCAGGAAAGAUGUAGGACAGUCGUUGGAGGAGACAGCGCUGAGGGAGGCAUACGAAGAGACCGGAUACCAAGCAACCUUCCUCCCACUAUGCCACCCUCAUCAUCAACCCUCGCCUGAUCGACCACGCUUUCCAUCCACCGAACCGCUAUACAUCCACGCCAUGAGCUGGGGCCCAAAAUACCGGGGAGGGCAGAUGAGCGACCCAGGCGGCGAAUAUCUGACCACCUGGUAUGCCGGCCAGAUCCCCGUCGACGCGCCCCACCACGCCAACACCGGCAUGCCAGACGAGCUCAACUACGAGUCCCACCUCCUCACCUUCGACCAAGCGCGCCAGAUCUUCGGCCACGACGGGUUCUUCGGAAUGCUCAUCGAGUAUGCAAUUCAGAACUUCGUGCGUACGGAGCAAAUUUUGGCGGAGUGGGAGAGGAGACGGGCCCAAGAUGCCGAGGAACAGCAAGCGCAGGCAUCUGCAGCGCAACCAGAGGGCGAUGCACCGACGGUCGAGCCGCAAGGUGCUCAAGCGGGCGAACCACAAGGUGCCCAAGCGACCAGUUUAACAGCGGAACAGAUUCAAGGUGGUACCGUAACUUCAGCAUAGGAAUGAGGUGCUGUGGCUUCACUGGACCUCUGUGGACGCGCGCAUGGAAUGUACGGCAAUUGCCGUGAUGGCCUUUCCACAUAUGGAAGCACUGGCGCUCUAAUCAGUCUUGCCAUCCCACUUUUUAUACUAGGUUUGGUGCGUCUCCUCGUGUACAGUAUAUUUAUCUGCCAUAAGGCUUGUCCUCCGGAAUUUUUGUACGAAAUGCGUUCAUCU